CAGGUCCCGGAUUCACAGUUGUCUAGAAUCUGUACAGCGCGAGUUCUGUAUAAGAGUUUAAACACACUCUAACAAGCCUCGUCACCACGCACAGGCAACACUACAGAGGCUACGUAAGGUUUUAGCGUGACGCACGAUGCGUACGUCCAAUCAGCAGCGUCGCCUGCAUUCCCAGGAAAGGCGCAGAUGAUAUGGCAGCUUUGUGAGCGACCAGGUGGAACUUGCUUUUGUUAACACGGCAACUGGGAAAAAAACAUGGCAUCGUUUUAACGCAAAAACAGCGACGGGGAAGCGGUGUCUACGAUGAUCUAUUUAAUAUUGAUUUCGGCACUUACAGGGGCACUCAUAACGCUUCUGUUACAGUUCCUUUUACUGUACAGGAGGAGCCCUGAGCCAGUGGCCAGGACAGUGCAAUAUGUCAAAGCAGAGCGGGAGCCAGCACUGAAGGAUUAUUUUAAUAACAAACCUGCCGAAUCAGGGCACCAUCAACAUGAUAAUACGGUAACCGCGAAACAGCAAGACAGCACCUCUUCCAGACAACAAGACGGUGCUUCUAGUACAAUCAGCAGUAGCAGUAGUCCCAAACCGCAGCAGCAGCAGCCGUCACAGCCACAAACCGAUUUUCUGCACUCCUCUUCCAAAUCAGAGACCUGCAAUUUCCUUAAUGCAAUCUUUUUGUUUUUGUUCCGAGAGCUGCGGGACACCCAUUUGGUCAGACACUGGGUGACAAAAAAGAUCAAGGUGGAAUUUGAAGAGCUGCUGCAGACCAAGACAGCGGGGAGACUGCUGGAGGGGCUCAGUCUACGGGACUUCUCUUUAGGCAAUUCUCUGCCCGUGUUCAAGACUGCAAAACUUAUCCGACCCGUGUCGUGCGACGAGGAUGGCAUGCCCGAGGAGCUCAAUUUUGAGGUGGACCUGGAGUAUAACGGGGGGUUCCACCUGGCUAUUGACGUGGAAAUGGUGUUCGGUAAAUCAGCGUAUUUGUUCGUCAAGAUGACCCGUGUAGUCGGGCGGCUGAGACUGCAGUUCACGCGCCUGCCCUUUUCUCACUGGUCCUUUUCCUUCCUGGAGGACCCCCUCAUCGACUUCGAGGUGAGGUCGCAGUUCGAAGGCAGACCUCUGCCCCAACUUACCUCCAUCAUCGUAAACCAGCUGAAAAGAGUUAUCAAGAGGAAACACACAUUGCCAAAUUACAAAAUCAGAUACAAGCCGUUUUUUCCAUUUCAAGUUCAGCCGACGUCGUUGGAGGCAGUGGAUGUGGACCUGUCCAUACAAGACACAGGGCUUGUGGAGGGACGGCUGAAAGUCAGUGUGGUUGAAUGUAGCAGGUUGUUUAUCCUGGGAUCCUACGAUCGGGAGACCUAUGUGCAUUGCACCGUGGAGCUGAGCAGCAGCGUGUGGAAAGAAAAACCCAGAAGUUCAAUCAAGACGGCUGAAAUCAUCAAAGGAAACUCCCAAAGUGUUGGCUUGACGUUCAGGCAGGCACCAACCAUUGAAGGGGAUGCUGUGCAUGUCAGCAUUGAGACUGUAGUCCCCAACUCCCCUGCUGCCCUGGCCGACCUUCAGAAAGGAGAUAGACUCAUUGCCAUUGGAGGAGUAAAGGUGACCUCUUCAGUUCAAGUCCCGAAGCUCAUUAAGCAGGCUGGGGAUAAGGUGUUGGUGUAUUACGAGAGGCCAGUGCGUCAUCAGCUCCAGCCAGUGGGGGUGCUGCAGGAAGGGUUCACUCAGCUGGAAGAGCCAGCCUACCUGACGCAGCCCGUGUACGAGGAGGACUCUGCCAGCAUCAACACCUUAGACAGCAGCGACGGCAAAGAUUUGGACCCCGAGUUGGAAGAGCAGGUGUGUGAGGCGAAGCCACCAAACAGUGAUAUCAAGGAAGAGUCUAUGCUGACCAUAAACCAAAGCCCCAAAAGGACAGUGUCCAACCUUGCUUCUAAACCCCUAGGAACCAUAUCCCCCAUCCUUAACCGCAAAGUGAACCUGGGAGGUCUUCAGGCACCACUGAAGCCACAGCCAAAGGAUGGGACUAAACCUCCCCUCCCAAAAAACACAGAGCCCCCAGAAUCAACUCAACAGCAAGGCAAGCCUUCGAAUGCCCCUCCGAACAGACCCCCUGUGCCCCCAAGACCUCACAUUAAGCUGACCCUGGCUUCCUCAGAAACACAGUGCCUACUGGAUUCGGGAGACGCCCCCAUUGAAAAGCCGGAAAGACCGCCUCCACCUUCGAACAACGGGGAGAAAGCAGCUGAGAAGUCACCUGUGAAACCCAUGGAACAAAACGAAGAGCUGGAACCCUCAAAUUCAAGCAAAGCGGACUCUAAAGACAAGAUUUCUGAAAGUUCCUGCAGCACUAAGGAUAGUGUGGAGGAACAAGCGUGGGAGUCCACGGAAGCCGUUUACCGCAACCGCAUUGCCAGAUGGAAAAAAGCCUCAUUCGUGUUUGAGACAGAGAGUCACCACAAGUACCUUAAUAUAGCACUUUGGUGUAAGGACCCUUUUAAACUUGGUAGUCUCAUCUGCCUCGGAUAUGUAAGUUUGAAACUUGAACACAUCGCCUUGGAAUGUCUGUCCACAUCCUCUAUGGAAUAUCAAACCACUUUCAGGUUAAACACACCAGAACCAAAAGCUAGUGUCAGCAGAACUGCUCUGAGAAAUCUAAGCACUCAUAAGGGAUUUAAUGAAAAACUGUGUUACGGGGAUGUUGCUGUAAACUUCACCUAUUUGAAAGAGGGGGAAUCUGAGCACUCUAGCAGUUUGAUAGAAAGGGAAAGAGAAUGCAGCGUACAGGAAGAUGUGUCGCUGUUUCCCAAAGAAGAAGCAAACCUCCCACCAAUGCUGAUUACAGAAGUCAAGCAUAAUUUCCAAGACACACAGUUUCAAAACCCAACUUGGUGUGAGUACUGCAAGAAGAAAGUUUGGACCAAAGCAGCAUCACAAUGCAUGAUCUGUGCCUAUGUGUGCCAUAAGAAAUGCCAGGAAAAAUGCCUAGCGGAGCACCCUUACUGCAUGGCAGGUGACAAGAGGGUGGACUUGGAAGCAAAGUCAACCCUGAACAAGGCCACCACUGGGUUAACCAGACAUAUCAUCAACACUAGCUCCCGCUUGUUAAACCUAAGACAGAUACCCAAGUCUCGCCUUGCAGAGCAGGGACCUGAGACAGUUGAACCCUCUCCGAAACACACACCCAACACAUCUGAUAAUGAAAGCAGCGACACGGAGACGUAUGUUGCUGGCAGUCCAUCCAAACGUCCAGCUCCUGCAAGUACAAAACUAGUCAGGAAAGAAGGAGGCUUGGAUGACAGUGUGUUCAUUGCUGUGAAAGAAAUCGGCCGAGAUCUUUACCGGGGGUUGCCGACAGAUGAGAGAUCCCAGAAGCUGGAACUGAUGUUGGACAAGUUGCAACAAGAGAUCGACCAGGAGCUGGAACACAACAAUUCCCUUGUCCGAGAAGAAAAGGAGACCACUGACGCCAGGAAGAAGUCUUUGAUUGCUGCAGCCCUGUCCAAAUCCGGAGAAAGACUACAAGCCCUAACCCUUCUCAUGAUCCAUUACCGAGCGGGCAUCGAAGAUCUGGAGUCGAUUGAAAGCACAUCCCCUUCGGAGCAGCACGGCAGGAAAGCCAGGGGCACGGAAGAUUCCGUCUCAAACCCGGAAGCAUUUGACAAUGAGAUUGCCAAUCCGAUGGAAGCUCAGAUACUAGAUGAGAUAUCGGAAGAGCAGAUCUGUGUCGAAGCGCUGCCAUGAAGCUGGAGUUGAAGGCCUGUAACUUACAAAACUCUUUUUGUCAUGUUUUGUUUUUGUUUAAGCUACAUAUACAGGUGUACAUUUUUCAAAAAGCAGUAAGACUGCAGAAUGCUUCCCUUUUGAUGGUUUGCUAAGUAUUUAGCUUUCUAAAGAAAGGGCUUGCAUGAAUGGUAAUGGCAUGUACUGUACUGGAAUUGCUUUGUAAGUUACACGGCCCCAAAAAGUUUAUCACUUCAAAUGUACCGUUUGUUCUAUUUGUUUAAGCAGUGUAUUUUUAAUUCUUUGUAACCUCUGUAAAUCUGUGUCUGUGAGCUUUUUUAUUGCAGAGCUUUUGAUCGUUAUUCUGUCCUGUAAAAGGGAUUAUAUAAAUGACAUUUUAGUUUGUUACUGGUAGGGUUGAUAUUCACUAAAGCUUGAGGCCAUUGCAUGUGCAACAUUAGUGGACUAAAACAACAGUCAUUUUGGGACCAGGGUUGAAAAUGUCAAAGUAGUUUCUUUGUUUUAACUUAGUUUUAUUUCCUUUUUUGUUGAUGUUGUUUCCUUUUGCCACAAAGUGUAUCACAAAGGCAAAAACACUGGCUUAAACUGUGUCCGUUACAAUUAUUGAGUAAACCUAUAUGUAUAUCUUGUUGCUUCUUGCUUUAGUAACUUUAUUUGUACGUACAAGAGGAUUUUUGUAAAAUACUGGGGUAGAAUGUAGUACAAAAAUGCCAGACAAUGUUCAUUUUCAUUACCAAAACAAAUUGGGCAAAGGGUUAGGGUUAUGCUUGGGUAUAAAAAAAAAUCUAAUUGGUGCCGUUUACAAACGUGCCUAAUUCUAUAGCUGAGCAAAUUAAUAUCUGCUUCCCAAUAGUCUAAUGCACUUGGUGUUAAUAGCUAAAUGUAGUUUUCUGUUACAUUCUGCAGUCCAGACUUGCAUCAUCGAUAAUCAAAUACCAGUCUUGAGUACAACGCCUGUGUGUGCUACAAAUGUGUAUGCACUGUUAAUGUCUGCUUCUAUAUUGCUGCUGUAAUUCUAGCAUUUGGCAAAGCAAUUUGGUAGCAUUUAGGAUUCAUCGCUAAAAGUAUAAAUGUGGUAAAACGAUUAAAGUGAAAGUGCAAUUGUACUACCAAUUACCUUGAAAGGGACACAAUUAUUUAAAGGGAAUGAUUCUUAUUCUUGCCUACCAAGAGAAACACAUUGUAUUUGUGCUGUAGGAAUGUCUGCAGCUGUAUUUUACCACCACAAUACAAAAAUGAGCCCCACUCCACAAAAAAAAAUGAGUACACCCCAUUGAAGUAAACACGAGCACAGACGAAACGCAAGUAAGAACAAGGGGAUCAUAGGUGUAGAUUUUUUCAUGUCGGUCUCCAAGGAUUAAGAGAGAAUCUGUCACCAGUUGGUCUGAAUACUUAGACCAACCCGGCAAGCAUUAACGGAGUGGAAUCCAAGUUUUGUGCAAUACAUUAGGUGCGAUAACCUGUAGAUAUAUGGCUGCUAAUUUACUAUUACUAACUGUUAUAUAUUCGAAUUGUGUGCAAUAUUUUUGUAUGUAAGAGGUUAAAGCAGCUUGAAAGAAAGAAUGUCUGUUCUUAUCAAGUAAUAUUACUGGUAAUUAGUUUGCUUAACUGGGUGUAUUGGAGCUGUAUUGAAAGUGUGUAAGAAAGGAUACAAUGCAGGGAUAGGGUCAGUUCUUUUUUUCAGUUCCAAUUCCAUUUGAAAAUCAAUUUCCAAUUCCAUUUCUCUUUUAAUCAAUUUCAAUUUCGCGGAAUUGGAAUUGAUUCUAAAUGAGAAUUGAAAAAAGGGAAUUGACCCAACUGUAAAACAAUAGAAGGGAUUCUGCUGCAAAUAUUUCAGUGAUCCUUGAACCUAACAGAUGUACCCUGCACUGUUUCUAUUGAUUUAUAAAUGGAUAUGUUACUUUGCCUGGCAUUGCUACCUUCAGUUUAGCAUUUUACAAGAUGUUAUACAAAUUAAUACAAAUCAUGUAAUCAUGCUUUACUGUAAAUAGCUGAAAUAAACAUUACUCACCUGAAAUUGACUCAUUGAA